AUGCCAGUCAAUAAUGCAAAAUAUUUUUGUUCCGAGCCCACUCAGCAAUCAGAACCCGAAUUUUCCGACCUUAUAGACGAGAUUGUAACCAAUUCAACCGAAAGAGUAGGUAUAUUUUUAUUUAUUUCAUGGUUUAAGGAGACGAAUUUUGCUAAGAUCUUCAAGAACUCCAAAUUUGUCCAACUUGGUGACUUUGAUGGUCGAUUGGUUGUUGGAAAAAUUGUGCAUCGCGUGGGGAAUGAUCUCUACAUUGAUUUUGGAAGUAAAUUCAACACUGUCUGCAAAUCUCCGGCGGAUAAAGAGUAACUCUAGUCUUAAAAGACGAUUUUUGGCUCGCUGCGUCACCCUCUGUUUAGGGGUCGGACAUAGGAAAAAAUGUUUUUUGAGUUCUUUGACCUAACAAAGGUAAUCACUUAAGACACGGAACGAUUUUGUAAAACGAUUGUUACAGUGAUGUAAGAUGUGGGACAGGGAUAUUGAAUCUGAAAACCGCUACUGGUUUCUGAGAGCCGAGAUAAUCGACCGACAACUUUCUCUAAAUUUCCCCGAAUAGUUCCAAAAGCAGAAGAAAAACUGUGGGAAGUCACAUGUAAAAAUUUUGUAAAACCUUACCUGUAAUUUAUAACUCGAAUUCCAACGAGUUUAAUUUUCUGGUAUGUCAAUAAACGAGCUGAUGGAUUGUAAUGUUGAAAUUUAGUGGAUUACAGCAAACAGUUUUAUAAAUUCUUUACAAGUUUGGAUGCAUGCGGAUUCGAACCUGAAAAGGACAAAGGCCGGAAACGCGCUUCCGAAUCACCGGACCAUUCGGUUCGCUUUAUUAAUUUAUACGUAGUAUACCCCCUAUCAAUUUCAACCGGUUUGGAAUUGUUUCAUUUUUCACAAAUUCAGAGUUCAAAAGAAUAUAAAACCCGUAGUAACGUCAAAUUUAGAUACCAUUUAUCCCUUAUAAUCAGGGUUACCUCAAAGGUCAUUUCCAUCCUUUUUUUGAUAUUUGUCUCCAGCGGGGAUGGAACCAGGGUCGUCAGAUUAGUUGCUUUGGGCAAAUCCACUGUGCCGUGAAGCCUCUGCCAAGAAAUCAAAUAAAUGUGAUGUUUUUAGAUCAGAAUUUUACACUGAUAUUUACGUAAUCUUACUAAUUUGAAAUUGUCAUUUUUGAACUCGCCGUCUCCAAAGCCUACGGACAGUCGGUUUUGUUAAGUUUUCUCUAUUGCAACGGCAACAGCAGAGCGCAGAAGGACGGUAACGCCGUAUGCAAAUUUCCACUUUCCGUAAAUAAUUUGGCGAAAAAAUUUGGGAACCUAUUUUAAUGACCUAUACCAACGUCUUAGGCCAAAAAACUCAAAAAAAAGUCUUGAAUGUCCUCGGCUCAUGCAGCGGGCCAAAAUCGUCUUUUAAUGUUUAUAAACUUUAUUUAAGAGGCUAUCUCGUUGGGGCCAGUGUUUUGUUGAGGUUGCACGAUCCAGAACUUUCUGAACGGUUUCUUGGUUCUCGGUAUGACCUUACCCUCCUUGAAGCCGAUGCGACGCUCCUUGGAUUGUAUGGAAAGAGAAGAACAGGUGAGUUUGACGGAACUUGGCGGGAACCUUAAAACACGAUUUCUGAUUGAGUGAAGCAGCCAUGGACAUGGAAAAAUUUCGAUUUUGAGGUUUUUGCGUUAAUGUGACUUUAUUCGUUCUAUACCCAUUGACAAAACUUUUUUGUCCACUUUGGCGUUCACGUAGUUAUUUGUACAAGAGAGUAUUUUCUGUUAUCUAAGCUUAACUGUAGAUGGUUCAAACGUUACAGCCGAUUAUUCUGAAGCAUCUGACGUCAUGACGUACAAAAAUCGGCCUUUUUUGAAAAAAAGUUUUUUCGAUUUCUUGGUGCUCAGUCAGGAUAUCCAAAAAAUUCUUUCUGCAUGGUAAAGAAGAAGAUGGGCGGUUUUUUGCCUAUGAAAAUCAUUUUCUCCGCCCUCGCGGAAAACAGUGUAUUCGACCUUUGGGCACUUUUUUAGUCAUCACACCCAUCUUAAACGCUUUUUUGUGGUUUCUGAUGGUUAAAAUGAGGAGUUUUGUUAAUUUUUAUGUUUAUCAAGCGUUCGGCGAAGGUACGUCAGCCGCUCGCCGUAUGUUAAGUCAGCUGCGGAUAAGAAAUGGCCCAACACAAUUCUUAUGAUCUUUCAAGCAUUCUCUGCAGGUGUCGUGUACCCUCCAAAAUUUUGUCGUCAAGCUUUGGCAGAGGUUAAGCCAUCGAGAAACCACUUUGUGCACUUGAAAACAACAAAAUAUUUUUUGUUUAAAUUUCUCUGCCCUGCUGUUUCAAACAUCCGCACGGUGCGCUCCGAUUUUAUCGGUGUUGCAGCGACUGCUUUGCACCGUGCGGUCGCUAAAUCGGAUCGCAUAGCGUUGUAGCCGGCCUUCUGAUCCGUUGUGCAGAAAAUUUGAAGACUUUCCGGAUGCUAGAGUGUCACAAUAAAGCGUUAAAAAUUCGUGUGAUGACCAAAAAAGUGCCCGAAAGUGUCCGCCGAAUACACUGCUUUCCGCGCUGGCGGAGAAAAUGAUUUUCAUAACUUUGCAAGCGCCACCGAGAUAUUGAACCAUUUUUUCCGCGGAGAGUGCGCCUAACGCGGAGAGCGGUCAGAGAGAAAAACGCUUUUUGGCCAUAACUUUAGCAGUUUCAUGCGGAAAAAAAUUAUUUUUUGUGGAAACAUUACCCUUUACGGUAGAAAUAGGUAUGCAACCUUUCGUGCCGAAAUUCGGCAAAAAGUCCCAAAUUUUCGCCGACUUUCGAUCUGAAAAUCUCGGCUGUUUCUGCAAAGCGCGAGCUAGCAUUCCCCCCUGUAAGCCAAAAAAACGUGGAUUUGAACAAUACUGUCAAAUUAACAACCCUAAUUAGUCUGCGAACGAAACUUCUAAACGGUUUAUUAAAUGCGCUGGAUUGACGUUGUUGCUUCACUGUGUCUGAAAUCGUGUUUUUCAUCCCAGUGGAAGCAGAGAAGACAAAAGAAUAG